GGAUGCUGAGUUGCAACGCGAGCCAGAACGCACCUCUCCAUGCUCUGGUCAGUCGUCAAUUGCUUCAAUAAGGCAUGUUGCAUGCGAGGCCCAUGUUCCUUCGCUCUGCCUUCCGCUCAUGGUUCAGAGCUCGAACACUGUUCCUGUUGAUGACCUACUUCGCCGUACAAUAUCUGCGAAACCGUAUCUGCGAAAACGUAUCUGCGAAAACACGUCUGCGAAAACGUAUCCGGGAAUACUCCGCGAUACUCCUCAGUUCUCAAGCUAACGAGCUCUUCAUCGCACACAGCCUUCGUGUUGAGCCAUUUCACAUCAUGUGCGGGUCUAAUGGAGGCACAGGAGGGGUGUCCACUGCACCAGAGGAACCAUGUCGUCACACGAGCGGGCAGCGUCUCCUUAUUCUCAAGCGCGUGCCAGGCGACGAGAUUCAUGCACAUCGGAAACACGGCAGUUCAGGUGAUGAACGGCUAAACUGCAUAAUACCCGAAUCGAAUCGGUUGGAUCGUAUAGUGGUUAGUACCCAAGAUUCUGAUUCUUGUAGCCUGGGUUCGAUUCCCAGUCCGACCUAAAUCUUUUGCUUAUGCUGUGAUGGAACAGCUCAGUGGCUUGUCGUUCUCGAGCA